ACAUACCUGUCUCUUAUCUCUUACUUACUGUCUGAGAAAAAUGGCUGACGCUAGUAUUUCAGUGGAUCAGGAUCAGUUCAGCUGUUCAGUCUGUCUGGAUCUCCUGAAGGAUCCGGUGGCUAUCCCCUGUGGUCACAGUUUCUGUAAGGUGUGUAUUAAUGACUGCUGGGACCAGGAGGAUCAGAAGGACGUCUACAGCUGUCCUCAGUGCAGAGACACUUUCACUCCAAGGCCUGUUCUACGCAGAAACAACAUGCUGGCUGAAGUGGUGGAGAAACUGAAGAAGAAGACUGAAGUCCAAGCUGCUUCUUCUGCUCACUGUUAUGCUGGACCUGGAGAUGUGGAGUGUGAUUUCUGCAUUGGGAGAAAACACAAAGCUGUUAAGUCCUGUCUGAUGUGUUUAGCUUCAUUUUGUGAAACUCAUCUGAAACCUCACCUGGAAGUUCCUGCUUUGAAAAAGCACACAUUAAUUGAAGCUUCAGCAAAACUUCAAGAGAAGAUCUGCUCUGAACAUAACAAGCUGAUUGAGAUCUACUGCCGUACUGAUCAAACCUGCAUCUGUUAUUUGUGUACGAUGGAUAAUCACAAAGGACACGACACCGUCACAGCUGCAGCAGAAAGAGCUGAGAAACAGAGUGAGUUAAAGGAGGAGCAGAUGAAAUCCCAGCAGAGAAUCCAGGAGAAGCAGAAGAAGGUGCAGGAGCUGAAACAGGCUGUGAACACUAUAAAGCUGCAUGCACAGACAGCAGUGGAGCACAAUGAGAUAAUCUUUACUGAGCUGAUCAGCUCCAUGGAGAAAAAGCGCUCGGAGGUGACGGAGCUGAUCAGAGCUCAGGAGAAGACUGAACUGAGUCGAGCUGAACGACUCCUGGAGCAACUGAAGCAGGAGAUUGCUGAUCAUCAGAGGAGACUCACUGAGCUGGAGCAGCUUAUACACACACAUGAUCACAUCUAUGUCUUGCAGACAUUAGCUUCUGGACUCCAAUCUUCUCAAAUAGUCAGAUCAGAUUUACAGUCAUUCAGCAUCAGUGUCCAUCAACAUUUUUCAUUUGAUGGAGUAAGGACUUCUCUCUCAGAUCUGAAAAAGAGAUUUGAGGAAUUCUGUGAAAAGGAAUUCAACAAAAUCCCUCCACGUGCUGUGGCAUUUAAUCAGUCGUUUUCACCAUUUGACCCAGAAAGUAGAGAAGAUUUUUUUAAAUAUUUCCAUUAUUUGACUCUGGAUCCUGACACGGCAUAUUGUAACCUCAUUCUGUCUAAGAAGAACAGAGCGUUGACAUUCACUGAGAGAAAGCAGCCGUACUCUGAUCAUCCAGAGAGAUUUGAUUACUGGUGUCAGGUGUUUUGUAAGGAGAGUGUGUGUGGACGCUGUUACUGGGAGGUGGAGUGGAGUGGUAGUGUGUCCAUAGCAAUCUCAUAUAAAGACAUGAGUAGGAAAGGACAGGGUGAUGAGUGUGUGUUUGGACGGAACGACCAAUCCUGGAGUUUGUUGUGUUCUUCUUCUUCUCUGUCUUUCUGGCACAACAAUAUAAAGAUUGAUCUUAAAGCUCCAUCAUCCUCUAGAAUAGGAGUGUAUGUGGAUCACAGUGCAGGAACUCUGUCCUUCUACAGUGUCUGUGAAAAGAUAAGGCCCUUCCACAGAGUCCGCACUACAUUCACUCAGCCUCUGUAUGCUGGAUUCUGGGUUGGUGUUUCAUCAGUUUUGAGGUUGUGUCGUCCAAAAUAACAUGUCAGUGGAGUUUAAUGGUCAGAAAAAGAAUGAUAAAACUGAUGCACAGUUUGUAACUGUGGCAAAAUUUAAAUAUCAAAUCAUUAUUCUAAGAUCAUACUAUAUACAAUCGUAUAAAAUAAACCAAACAGUUUCUGUUUUUUAAGUGCUCCAAAUAAAAAUAAAUAAUUAAAUAAAAUUUAUUAAUUAAUUACAAAAAUCAUUCACAAAUUGCCUGUAGUGUGUGAAUGAGUGUGUUUGUGAGUGUAUGUGUGGCUGCGAUGUAUAGGCAACCUGUCUAAUUGUCCUAAGAUGCAAUAGGUUUUAAACAAUAAUAUCUGUAAUUACUAGGGCAGGGCUAUUUUUAGUGACCAAGAAAGGGAAAAAGU